CUGCGAGCCAGCCUGGUGCCCCCGGCCGGCAGGGGGCGGCAAUGAGUGCCCCGCGCGGAACCCGCCUGGGGCAGCCCUGCAGCCUCUCUGCGCAGGAAGACAAUGCGUCUUGCAAAAUUUUGAGAAGGCUCAAGGCUUUAAAGAAGGCUUGUCUAAAUAAAGGAGGGUUAAAGUGACAUUGCAGUUACUUAAUCCUGCGCUUUCCUUCCAUGUGACUCGAACAAGACUGAGGUGCAGCUUUUCUUUUUCCCGGUGCACAGAUUAUACUGCUCCUAGCAUCCUCCAGCAGCAGUUCUGCACAUCAAAGUAGCAAUGGAAAUUAAACAAAUCAGUGGCAAGCGUUUUACAGCAGGGCUACAAGGUAAAGGUCAGGCAUUUCCAAAUCACAGUGAAAAGCUUGCUGGCUGAAAAAUGAAUCAAAGGAAAAUCCAACUUUCAGCUUUUGGACUGAGCCUUGAACCAAGAAGGAUUGCAUCAAAUCCUACCGAAGGUUAGCUGUUCGAAGUGAUCUGAAAGCUUUUGGACUUAUUCAAAGUAGUUAUUGAGCUACCAGUCUGAGAUGUGCCUGUCAGUGUUUUCAGGGCAGCAAACUAGAACCUGAAAGUUAAAGAAGUGUCAAAUGUAUUGCAUUUGUUUGCACUCCAUUGAGAAUGGACUCUUUUUGCUUUUAUAUGUGUACAGUUUACAGCUCUAAUUAUCAAGCCUUUUUUAUCUUACAAAUAAGAAUUUAAAAUUGCUCACUGGAGGUUAAAAGCCAAUUUGCUUUUAACUUUACUUCUGAUUUUGGCUAGAACCAGCAAUAUAUAUAUGAUGGCAAAUUUGGUUGUUAAGUCAUUUCCACAUUGAUCUUUGGACCUCUGGCAAUUUUUGUUCAGAUUAUCACAAUUCUAUUAUGUCCAUGAUUGUAUUCCACUGGAACAUCUUGUUAAACCAAAUGGAAAUGUGAUUGCUCUGUGGACUAUGACAACAAGCUAUAUGAAUGGCGGAGGUCUUGGAAACCACCGAUAUGCCAGGUGGAAUCGUGAGGACAGCGGAGAGGACUAUGGGCGGGCUGAGUGCUAUGGAGAAGAUGAGGAGGGCAGGAAGCGCAGGCUGACCCCAUUUGAGAAGCUAACCCAGGAUAUGUCCCAGGAUGAAAAGGUGGUGAAGGAAUUAACUCUGGGGAAGAGGAUUGGAUUCUAUCGAGUGAGAGGGGAAAUAGGAAGUGGGAAUUUCUCACAAGUGAAGCUUGGAAUUCAUUCUCUAACCAAAGAAAAAGUAGCAAUUAAGAUUUUGGACAAGACCAAGUUAGACCAGAAGACUCAACGCUUACUGUCCCGUGAAAUUUCCAGCAUGGAAAAACUGCACCACCCAAACAUUAUCAGACUUUACGAAGUGGUGGAAACAUUGUCGAAACUGCACCUUGUGAUGGAGUAUGCAGGAGGUGGGGAACUCUUUAUUAAAAUCAGCACAGAGGGAAAGUUAGCAGAAAUGGAAAGUAAAUUAAUUUUCUCCCAGAUAGCAUCUGCUGUGAAGCACAUGCAUGAUAACAAUAUCAUUCACCGGGACUUGAAAGCAGAAAAUGUAUUCUAUACCAGUAACACCUGUGUGAAGGUGGGAGACUUCGGAUUCAGCACAAUAAGUAAAAAAGAGGAAUCUUUAAACACUUUCUGUGGGUCUCCUCCUUAUGCUGCCCCUGAGCUCUUCCGAGAUGAAAACUAUGUUGGUGUUUAUGUGGACAUAUGGGCGCUAGGCAUCCUUUUAUAUUUUAUGACAACUGGUACAAUGCCAUUUCGUGCGGACACAGUGGCCAAACUGAAGAAGUGCAUUCUUGAUGGGACAUAUAGCCUGCCCCCAUACCUUUCAGACACUUGCCAGAAACUGAUCAGAGGAGUUCUUCAGCCAGUCCCAACUGCACGAUACUCUAUUGAAUGUAUUAUGAAGAACGAAUGGAUGCAAGGGAUACAGCAUCCAAAAGCCUUGGAUCCAUUUAAACUGGAUCCGAAGUAUUUAGCAGAGACUAGUACCCUCAAAGAGGAGGAAACUGAAGUGAAAAAUACCUUGCAAGAUUUGGGAAUCACAGAAGAACACAUUCAAAAUAACCAUGGAAGAGAUUCUCGAAGCUCAAUAACUGGUAUCUAUCGAAUUGUUUUGCACAGAGUGCAAAAGAAAAGAGCCCUGGAGACUGUUCCUAUAGUCACGCACCCAGAACCCAAAGAGCAGGAUUUAAAGAAAGGUCACAGUUCACACCGUGGUAUCAGACAUACAUCCAAGUUGUGUUCAAUUUUAUGAAUUGCAUACAGCAGACUUUACAUUCAGUAACUUUAACAAGGGGUUUUAUUCAUUUCACAGUAAGCUUUGAUAUUACAUUUUUGUAAUUUUUAAAUAAACCAAAA